AUGGUGCAGGAAGCGGAGGCGGGCUCCGGCGUGGAGCAGCUGUCGUGCGCCACCUGCCAGCAGCCCGCCAAGCUGCAAUGCCCGCGCUGCCUGGAGCUGAGCCUGGAGAAGGACCUGGCGGCCUUCUGCUCCCAGGAGUGCUUCAAGGCCUCCUGGGCGGAGCACAAGAAGCUGCACAAGCCGUCUGCCACCGAGGGCUGGCACUACUGCACGCGGCGGGGGCAGGGGCGCAGCCUCAACAUGCCCGACUUUAAAUGGACGGGGGAGCUGCGCCCGGCGCGCAUCGGACCCAUGCGCCAAAUCCCGGACCACAUCCCCAAGCCAGACUACUACCUGGGGGGCUACCCCACAGCCGAGAUGGAGAGCAGGCAGCAGCACGCGGUCAAGUUGCGCACUGAGCGGGAUGUGGCGGGCAUCCGCGAAGCGUGCGCCAUCGGGCGGCGGGUGCUGGACGCGGCGGCGGCGGCCGUGGCGCCGGGGGUCACCACCGACGAGAUCGACAGAGUGGUGGGUGGGGUGGGGGCGGGGGUGGGGGUCACCUGGGUGGCGGGAGGCUGUGUGUCUGUCUGCACCUCCAUCAACGAGGUCAUCUGCCACGGCAUACCCGACAAGCGCCCGCUGCAGCAGGGCGACAUCAUCAACGUGGAUGUGUCGGUGUACAAAGCAGGGUACCACGGGGACCUGAACGAGACGUUUGUGGUGGGGGAGGUGGAUGCGGCCAGCAGGCAGCUGAUCCGGGUCACGCACGACUGCCUGCACAAGGCGAUCGCCAUCUGCAAGCCGGGCACGCCCUACCGCGACAUUGGGGAGGUGAUCAGCAAGCACGCCAAGGCGCACGGCCUCAGCGUGGUGCGCACCUACUGCGGCCACGGCAUCGGCGACCUGUUCCACUGCGCCCCCAACGUGCCGCACUAUGCCAAGAACAAGGCCAAGGGCACGAUGAAAGUGGGGGAGGUGUUCACCAUAGAGCCCAUGGUCAACCAGGGCAGCCACCGCGACAAGACGUGGCCCGACGGCUGGACCGCCGUCACAGAGGAUGGCCGCCGCUCGGCGCAGUUCGAGCACACCCUGCUCAUCACGCCCGACGGCUGCGAGGUGCUGACCGCGCGGCUGCCCACCUCGCCGCCGCUGUGGUGGGAGGUGGAGGAGGGGCGGCAGGGGCAGGCGCAGCAGCUUGGCGCAGCGGCAAACGGAGCGGCAGCGGACGCCAGCUGA